AUGGAUGCUAGGCAGGACGCUGAUAACCUGGCUUGGGACCAGAGCGAUGAGCGCUGGGAAAAGGCACUGAAACACGUCCGAGCAUCAGCUACGUGUCGUAAAGUUGAAGCAUUUGCUGGUCGAGCCUUUGGCAAACCAGCGACUCUAGUCACUCCGUUAAUCAUUGGUGGUUUCAACGCCGUCUAUCCCUUCAAAAUCGAAGGCCUGGAAUCUCAGGUUCUUGUCCGGCUACCUUGUCCCGACCAGGCGAUGUUCCCAGAAGAAAAGACAAUGGCAGAGGUCGCCACAGCAGCCUGUAUCAAGCAACAUACUCAAGCGUGGGAUGAGUCAUGCUUUGGAGGCGCUGAUAACGAUGUUGUCGGCGCGAUAGAUUGGGAGUUCGCCUACGUUGGACCAUCCCAAUUCACGUUGGAUCCACCAUGGUGGUUAUCACUCGAGGUGCCCGAGAUGUGGGAUGACAGCAUUGAAGACUGGACGAGUACCUAUGGACAAAGACUUCAGACCUGGCUGUCCGCUAUGCAAGAAGUUGAGAGAGAGGCCAGCUCAGACUUGCCGCUUUCGGCGUAUAUGAGGGAGAGUUGGGCUACUGGCCGAUUUUGGCUGAAUUAUGCUGCUCGAAAGAGCUGGUCCUUUGAUGCUAUCUAUUGGAAAUAUCUAGACGAAAGAUUCUUCGGCAAGAGGGCAGAAGACAGUUCUUCGAAGGAAUUAUGGAAGGCUAGAGUAGAGUUGCUUACUGAAGCUGAGCGAAAAGCGAUGGAGGUACUCGUGAAGACAAAAGUGGAAGAGUCAAAAGAGCGAGUUCUGGUGGACUGGAACGCUGGAAAGGCGAGACAGCACCUAUCUGCAUUCUUAGUUACAUAA